AGCAGAAACCACAACAACACUUGUCAAUUUGUUUGCACCGUGUGCACACCUACUGACAACAAUAGGGAACAAGUGAUGGGAGCAGCACGAAUGGGAGGAUUACACUGCUCUUGAUAUCUUGAAUUGUUGAACCUCACAAAGACAUGUCCAUGACAUAGGCAAUGUUAUAGGCUACCUGAAAACUAAACACUCCAUUGAUGAACUUCCGUGUAUAUUAUACUGCUAUAGCCUUGGUGUCGCGAGAGCGGGGCUUACGUAAUGUUCAGACACCACAACAACUGUCACUGGGUCGAUAAAUAAGAAGUCGUGUGCACAAACCCCUUUGUAAUCAUCUCCUAGGUGCCUGCGAGCUGCGUGACACAAUCAGUCUGCACCCGGUCCUGUUGUCUCGAGGACGCUAUAAAAACGCCGCACAUUCUCACAUUUCCACAACACGGACUCGUCUGAGACUAUCUACACAGCAUCUCCACGCGAAGACACGACACCGACUGAAACAUGGACCCUUGCGAUUGCUCCAAGAGUGGCACCUGCAACUGUGGAGGAUCCUGCACUUGCAAAAACUGCUCCUGCACCACCUGCAAGAAGAGCUGCUGCCCAUGCUGCCCGACCGGCUGCCCCAAAUGCGCCUCUGGCUGCGUGUGCAAAGGGAAGACGUGUGACACCAGCUGCUGCCAGUGAGGAGCCUGUAACAUCAGCCCUCUUCUGCUCUUGGGAUGGAGCCAUGUGACCAACUUUGACUUGUGAAUUGCGUUUGCAAAUGUCUACAGAGAACUCUGUUUUGUAUUUGUCUUUAAUGUUUAAAUAAACUUGUGUCCCCUAA